AUGAUGUCCCGCAAGCUACUUAACGAGAGCCGCGACGGUUACCUCGACAAUGAAAACUCGCCAUUUCUCAUCAGUAACUAUGGUUACGGCAAGGAUAGCGUCAAGGUGAUGCACGUGGUGCGCAAUGGAUUGGUACACUCGAUAAAGGAGUUUGAAGUUGGGACAAAGCUGAAGCUCCACAGCCAGAAGGAUUAUCUGGAGGGUGAUAACAGUGACAUCGUGGCGACGGAUUCUCAGAAAAACACCGUCUACUUGCUAGCGCGCAAACACGGCCUACGAUCGCCGGAAGAGUUCGGUAUACUGCUGUGUCACCACUUCCUGAGCAAGUACGCGCACGUCGAGGAGGUGUCAAUACACAUCGAGGAGUAUCCGUGGUCCCGGAUGGGCUUCGGUACGGGGCCGUACAAGGAUCUGCACAAUCACGCCUUCGUCUUUACCCCGACCGCCUUGCGCCACACGGACGUUACGCAGACGAGAAGCGAAUCCAAGCCGACCGUCGUCAGUGGGCUGACCGAUCUACGCGUCCUAAAGACAACCCAGUCAGCUUUCGUGAACUUUGUCGAUGACGAGUACCGGUCCCUUCCCGAUCAGCACGAUCGCAUCUUCAGCACGGUGGUUCGCUCGUCGUGGCAGUACUCGACGGUGACCGGGGUCGACUUCGACUACUGCUGGAACAAGGUGAAGCAGUGCAUCCUGAACAACUUCGCCGGCGAAACGGAGAAGGGCAUCUUCUCGCCGAGCGUGCAGCAUACGCUCUAUCUGGCCGAGAAGCAGGUGCUGGAGUCGAUACCGGAGAUUUCGUCGAUCGACAUGACGAUGCCGAACAAACACUACUUCACGUUCGACUUUAGCAAAUUCCCGAAAGUGGUGAAGGACGCCGAGCUGAAGGAGGAAUCGGUAUACGUGCCGGUGGACAAACCGGCUGGAAUCAUCUACGCCCAGCUCGACCGGAAGUCGGACCAGUUCGUGAAAAGCAAACUAUAACGUGGUACGCACAGCGAGGGGUGGAACUUGCCGUGCGCCGAGAUGUUUGAAGGGAUUUUAGGCAAAACUUGCUCAAGAGACUAUGGUAGCUUACUCCACUGGUAUGACUUAUCCGACCGUUCGGCAUUAUUUGAGACUGUUGAAACUUAAUACGUCAGUUGAUUUUACUUAUUAUUGAUCUAUCGCCACUUACUCUAGGGGAAAACAGCAAAGUUCCAUUAUGUAGCUUGUAUGCUGUUAGUAAAUGAGGCAUUUAUGAGGCGUGAUUACUUUUAAAUA